AUGGCUUCGGCUUUGACAACCGUUUGCCUUGAAGAUGAGCUGGCAGCGAUGCCUGCACCAUGGCGUGACCGAGUGCAGCACCAUGCUCGGCGCUUUCACGAGAAGGAUGCCACAACGGUCCUAAAUCGCUACGAGCUGCAGAGGAGAAUCAUGAGCCGGCCGCAACUCGAAAAGCAUGCCUUUCAUGUGGCAUCCUGGCUGGUGCUUCCAGAGGUGAGAAGAAGCCACGGCGAUUCCGUGGAGGCACUGCUGUCCAGGUACUUGGAGUCCUUGGAUGGGCAGCCACUUUGCGAGCGCCUGAAAGCGGUUCUGUCGCUUGUCGCGGCAAGCUCGGGAGUUGCAGGGCUCUCGGGGUUGCUGGGCAAAGGGCAGAAGAGAAAGGCGGAGAUGAUGCGAGCAGAAGAGCCAGAAAAGCCGGAUUCCAGCAAGCCAGUUGAUGCCUGCGGUGAAAAGGCUGUGCGCCUGAUGCAGAAGGCCAGCCAAACGUGGCAGAACUACCCAUCCGAGUGUCCGGAAGUUUACGUGGAUUCUCUAGAGCAAGAGAUGCAAGAGGUCGACGGAGCUAAGAACUGGGCCAAGCUGCGGAUGGUCCUGCGCCGAGCCGUAGCUGCGCUUUCCCCACCACGGCGUUUGGGUGAUGGAUGCGAGGGCAAGAUGCCGGCAUCUACCGCAUCCAACGAGCAGUCGUUGGCCACCAAACUGCAAUCCCGACUUCGCAAAAUCGUGCUCCGCUGCCUGGAUCGAGUGGACCUGGCAGAUUUGCGCCUUGCGCCGGUGCAGCAAUGCCUGCAGGCACGGCUCCAAACGUUUCAGGAGCUGGUCGCCAGUGAAAGCAGGAUCGCUUGCAAGAAGCAAUGGGCUCGGCUACAAGCCAAGUGCGCGAGCACCCUGCCACCUGAAGCUGCAAGUUUGGGAGUUGCUGGGCUCUCAGGGUUGCCAGGCAAAGGGCAGAAGAGAAGGGCGGAGAUGAUGCGAGCAGAAGAGCCAGAAAAGCCAGACUCCGCCAAGCCAGUUGAUGCGUGCAGUGAGAAGGCUGUGCGGCUGAUGCAGAAGGCCAGCCAAACGUGGCAGAACCACCCGUCCGAGUGCCGGGAAGCAUAUGUGGAGUCUUUGGAGCAAGAGAUGCAAGAGGCCGACGGAGCUGAGAACUCGGCCAAGCUGCGGAUGGUCCUGCGCCGAGCCGUAGCUGCGCUUUCCCCGCCACGGCGUUUGGGUGAUGGAUGUGAGGGCAAGAUGCCGGCAUCUACCGCGCCCAACGACCAGGCGACGCUGGCCACCAACCUGCAAUCCCGGCUCCGCAAAAUCGUGCUCCGCUGCCUGGAUCGAGUGGACCUGGCAGAUUUGCGCCUUGCGCCGGUGCAGCAAUGCUUGCAGGCACGGCUCCAAACAUUUCAGGAGCUUGUCACCGGUGAAAGCAGGAUCGCUUGCAAGAAGCAAUGGGCUCGGCUACAAUGUCCGGAAGUUUACGUGGAUUCUCUAGAGCAAGAGAUGCAAGAGGUCGACGGAGCUAAGAACUGGGCCAAGCUGCGGAUGGUCCUGCGCCGAGCCGUAGCUGCGCUUUCCCCGCCACGGCGUUUGGGUGAUGGAUGCGAGGGCAAGAUGCCGGCAUCUACCGCGCCCAACGACCAGGCGACGCUGGCCACCAACCUGCAAUCCCGGCUCCGCAAAAUCGUGCUCCGCUGCCUGGAUCGAGUGGACCUGGCAGAUUUGCGCCUUGCGCCGGUGCAGCAAUGCUUGCAGGCACGGCUCCAAACAUUUCAGGAGCUUGUCACCGGUGAAAGCAGGAUCGCUUGCAAGAAGCAAUGGGCUCGGCUACAAGCCAGGUUUGCGAGCACUGUGCCAACCGAAGCAGCAGCAAGCUUGUCAGCAUGUGCAAAGGGAGCCGAAGAUGGUGCUGGCAUUGUUGAGCCGGAGUCUUCAGCAUCAUGCCCCCAUGGCAAGCUGAGACGAAGCUGCUCUCAAUGCGCAGGCUGUCCACAUGGCAAGUGGGCUUACAAUUGUCCGCAAUGCAGUGUUUGCCCGCACGGAAAAGUGAAGCGCAACUGCGUGCAGUGCAGUGCAUGCCCGCACGACAGGCUAAAGCAAAACUGUUUAGAAUGCAGCGCAUGCCCGCACGGAAAAGUCAGGCGCCACUGCCUGCAGUGCACGGGAUGCCCGCACGGCAAGGUAAAAAUCAGAUGCUUGCAGUGCAGCCCAUGCCCGCACGGCAAGAUCAAGCGCAACUGCGUGCAGUGCAGCCCAUGCCCACACGGCAAGCUGAAGAGGAGCUGUCGCAUGUGUGCUGAAGCGAGGGGAAAAGUGAACUGCACGCAAUUUGGUGUUCCAUUGUUUCGCUGUUGCAAAAUAAUUGGUUAGGCUGGGUCUAGGCGAUCCAGUUGCUGGUGACUGAAGAGAAUUGUUGUCAUUUCUUUUUGGAGGCAAAGACGGUGAUGCCCCCGCAAGAUUCUUCCUGGCUUCGGGGGACUCGUUUGGGC